UAUGUUUUUCUUGUACUUUUGGUAACUACGCUAUCGCGGUUCAGCCAAUCACAAGACAGAUCCUAAUAGGCGGUCGUCUCUUCUAUUGGCUAACAACUUCCACGCUCAAACUCGGUCACGUUAGAAAAAAAAACAGGAGUUAAUUCAUAAAUUUGUCAAUUUGUCAUACGCGUCGGAGAUGUGUCAGUAGGUGAUCGUUGCCGUGUACAAAUUUGUGUCGUAAAUGUGGUGUGUUUCAGUGAUAAUGAGAAAACCUACGCUGGACACCAUUAUUAUUAAGUGAUGAAUGCUUUUUAAGUUCAGUGUCUCGUUGUAAUUGUUUUCAUUUGUAUGUCAUCGGACUUGGCAACAUGGCGGCCCCCCGUCAAAAAUCACAACAGAAAAACAUCUCUUCGAUAUUUUCGAAACUGCACGGCGCCUUUUCUGGCGCCGUGUGCCCUACGAAGCUGGCGACGGAUAAAAGAACCUUGAAUAAAACUUGGGAAUUAAUGGAUAAAGUGGUUAAACUGUGUCAGCAUCACAAGAUGAACUUGAAGAAUAGUCCUCCUUUCAUUUUAGAUAUUUUGCCGGACACAUAUCAGAGAUUGCGUAUUAUUUAUUCUAAAUACGAGGACAAUAUGCAGGCGCUGAAUAGCAAUGAACAUUUUAAUAUAUUUAUUAUAAAUUUGAUAAGGAAGUGUAAGCAGGCUAUAAAGUUAUUUAAAGAGGGGAAAGAGAAAAUGUUUGAUGAGAAUUCUCACUACAGGAGGAAUCUGACGAAGCUUAGUUUGGUGUUUAGUCAUAUGCUGAGUGAGUUGAAAGCUAUGUUUCCGAACGGGACCUUUGCCGGUGACCAGUUCCGCAUAACGAAGAGUGAUGCUGCAGAGUUUUGGAAAAACAACUUUGGAAACAGCACCCUGGUCCCGUGGAAACUGUUUCGAGAAGAGCUGAACAACGUGCAUCCGAUAUCAUCAGGCUUGGAGACCAUGGCGCUCAAAACAACCAUCGAUCUCACCUGCAACGACUUCAUAUCUAAUUUCGAGUUUGAUGUCUUCACUAGGUUAUUCCAGCCUUGGAGUACGUUGCUACGGAACUGGCAACUGCUGGCGGUGACGCACCCAGGCUACGUCGCGUUCCUCACUUACGACGAGGUCAAAGCGAGGCUACAGAAGUACAUACAUAAGGCUGGCAGUUAUGUUUUUAGAUUAUCGUGUACAAGACUGGGCCAAUGGGCAAUAGGCUACGUGACCGUCGACGGUGAGAUUCUCCAGACCAUUCCGCAGAACAAGAGUUUGGUGCAAGCUCUUCUCGACGGGUAUAGAGAGGGAUUCUACCUAUACCCUGAUGGGAGAGACGUUAAUCCAGACCUGAGCAGCGCCAUCAUAUCUCCGGCUGAGGACCACAUCACCGUCACUCAAGAACAGUACGAGCUUUAUUGCGAGAUGGGAAGCACGUUUCAACUGUGUAAGAUCUGCGCCGAAAACGACAAAGACAUCAGAAUAGAGCCGUGCGGACAUCUACUCUGUACACCGUGUCUCACUGCUUGGCAAAUUGACUCAGAAGGCCAGGGCUGUCCAUUCUGCCGCGCGGAAAUCAAGGGCACAGAACAAGUUGUGGUGGACGCCUUCGUGCCCCCGCGGCCGCCUAACACUUCAGGCGAAAAACACACAAAAACUGCUGUGAAACAAGUAUCUUCGAAUUCGUCAGGUUCAUCGGGGUCUUCUGGUUGCAAUGGAUCAAGUGUUGACGUCACAAUAUCGAGCAACGCGAGCGCCAACGGCUGGUCGUCCAGGAACACCACGUUCAACGGCCUCACCGACGACAUCGACGAUGCAGAGGAUUGGUCGGAGUUCAACGCGGCCCUGUCCAGUAUAGCCGCGCUGCGGCCCUCGCGCUCGCCCGUGGCGUCCCCGCGCCACUCGCCGCGCGCGGGCCGGCGCCGGGCGGGCGGGGCGGGCGCGGGGGAGAACGCGUACGGGGAGCUGCGCGCGCCGCCCCUGCCGCCGCGCAAGAGCCUGUCGCCCGGCGAGCCCGGCCUGGCCGCCGCCACCAGCGUGCAGGACAUCGCGCUGGCCACGCAACAAGAACCAAGAAGAAGAUCUUCUUUAGAACCUGAACCGGAUUCGAGGCAUCGACUGACUUCCAUCAUCACGGGAUCCACGGAAACUAUUACUGGCAUCAUUGACACGAGGCACGAGGUACCAGUACCACCAGACCCAAGAGCAUUCGAGAAGCCUCGACGAGCGAACACACCACAGUCUAACAGUCGACCCCUCCCCGCACCCCCUCCUGAUAACUCUGACGACCGACCCGACAAAUCGGACAGACUACCUGAAAGAUCGGACAGAGUACCCGAAAGAUCGGACAGAAUACCUGAUAGAUCGGACAGAAUACCAGAAAGAUCGGACAGAUUACCAGAAAGAUCGGACAGAAUACCAGAAAGAUCGGACAGAUUACCAGAAAGAUCGGAUAGAAUACCAGAAAGAUCGGACAGAUUACCAGACAGAUCGGACAGACUACCCGAAAGAUCGGACAGACCUGAUCGAUCGGGAGAAAAAACUGACAAACCAGAAAGGCUCCCAGAAAGAGAAAGAAUACCAGAAAGAAUACCCGUACCAACGGAAAGAGAACACAGGCCUGUCCCGGCAGAACGCGUUCUCGAUAGAAUACCCCCCGUUCCGGCAGAAAGAGAGCAUAGGAUAGAAAAUAGAAUACCAGAAAGAGAUAGGGUACCUGUCCCCGACAAUAGAGAGAAAGUAGUGCCUUCAGAUAGACUAGAAUUCCCACCGGUAAUACCAGAGAAGCCGGACAGGAUAUUUGACAGGGUUGAAAACAGAGCGCCGCCGCGGCAAAGGUCGUUGCCCACUAGUACUAGUGGGGGGGACAUCCAACCGACCAAGUCGACAACGAUGCCAAAAUUCCCGUCGGAGGAGAAAGAUCCGCCGUACGAGAAUGUGGCGGCGGAGAGGAAUGAACUCGCUGUCGCACCCAAAAAAUUCAACCCCCUAACGCACGACAAGAACGGCCGAAAAUACGGCGAGAACGUCUCGUACGAAAACAUUAAUUUAGACUACAUUGCUCGGCUAGUAGGCGAGGGUUACCCCAAAGAUAUCGUUGUACGGGCAUUAGGCAUCACUAGAAACGAUUUGGAAAUGGCGUGUGAUAUUUUACACGAAUUCGGGUCGAAGGUGUCAAAUAAGUGCUAGUUUUAGUUUAGUUCAAUCGCUUAGUAGAUGGGGAAACGUUAGACAAAUUUUACCUUGUGUCCCAUUUUUGGAACAUAAGAUUUCGCGUCCUGUAUUUGGAACAUGGUUUACCCUUGAUUGCCAUAUUUGGAACACGCUCGCUUGUUUAAUAAGUUCGUGUGGUAUGCAUCCUUCCUGAAUUUAUAGUACAAACAUUGUUAUAAAUUGAUGUUUAUAAUAAACUUGCGAGUUGCGAGUGUGAUUAAUGUGUUCCAGAUAUGGAACAGAUUGUAAGUUAAAUUAUUUAUGUGAAAUUUACUGGAAAUAAUUUGUUAAUGAAGUCCUGAAUUUUGUUAUUUCGGUUUACAAUAUUAUUAAAUAAUUUGAAUAAGUCUAACGGUUUUUACCAUCACACCAUCUCAUUAGUAUACCACAUUUUAGUUUUAGCCCGCGUUUGCUCACAAAUUAUCAGCUUUAUUUAUUAAAUCGCAAAUUGUACAUUUUGUGAUAGUAUCAUUAACACCAAUAUUGUAAGAAUCGUCAUAAUAUAGAAUCAUAUAGAGUCUGAAAGCAAUAGAAAUCGUUCCUACUUCAACUUAAGACGCAUUAUGUAGUAGCUGUACAUUUUCAAACCGGUAUAUUGUAAACAAUUACUAUUGGGUGACUUUGUUAUACAAAAUUAGUGACUGGCUAAAAAUAAAAGCCAUUUUUUUAACCAUUUGACCACCAAACUGCCCGAUUCAAAGUUUAAUAUACGUCAAUUAAUAGAUCUCGAAACGAUAUGGAUUAGAUGUGUCAGUGUCAAAAGUGACGUUUUUGUUUGAAGAAACUAAUCUAGAUCUAUUAAUUGAAGUAUCUUAAUUAAAGUUCGAAUCUGGCCGAAAGACGAGAUAUGACGCGCGCGACUGCAACCCAAUAUCAACCUUCGGGCAUUCAAAGAAGGUUCAAGUUUGAUGCCAGAUUCACAAAUUUUGUAUUGUCUACCAUAUGUAAGUCACGUAGUAAAUAUUAGUACACGUAACAUAACCAACGUAUCACAUAACAACGAAGAUAAUGUGUAGAAAGCAACGAAAUCUGGCAUUCGGUAACAAACACGUACAGUUUGUUCCAAGAUUUGUCCACCACGUGACACUUUUUCGUGUAUGCUACCGGUGUUCAACGAUUUAUAAGACGUUAUCACGUCAAAUAAUCGACAGCAAUAUAAAAAUCGGCCGGGAUUUUGUUUUAGAUUUACACAUUUGAUAUCUACAAUCAGAAUCUGUGGUUCAGUCAAGUGGUUAGUUGGUUGAAACUGUUAUCCUAAUAUACUGGUCAUGUCCAUAGAGAACAAUUAUAUCCAUUCAAAAUAAAGUACGCUACUCAUCCACUUCAUAAAAAAAUAGAUUUAAAUUCAUUAUGACGAACACGAUUGAUGAUAUAGUUAAGGAUUUUAUUUUCUAAUAGCAUAGUUUAAAUAAUUGAUAAUAAUUCAAAUUAAAAGUCGCCAUUGUUGUUAAUCUCGGUGUUUUUGUAUUUAAACAUUUGUAAAUAGAUUUUUAAAUGCCUUUUUAAUCUGACAUGUGGCCAGAUUUUUCAUAUAACCUAUACGGUUUCAUUUCUAAAAAACGUGUGAUAGUAUUAUAGGCUUAUUGAAAAACAAACUUAAAACUAUAGACGAUAAAGCACAUUUUUAUAUAACUACGUAUUUAUUUUGCUUCGACCUUAAAGUAGUUACAUAAACAAUUUUAAUUCCAGUUUUUUUCUUAUCAGUAUUCAUCUUACUCAUAAGCUAAUUUCAGUAAGAAUUGUAAAUAUAUUUGUAAAAUAAAUAUUACUUAUAUUUUCAUAUGAAAAAAUGCUGUCUUAAAACUACUUAAAUAGUCGUUCAUAUAGAUUAUAUUUUUUAAAAAUGUGUAUAAUGAAUGAUUGUAAUUAAAUACAAAUUUUGACACUCUGACUUAUGACAUUUGCAAUAUUAAUAUUUAGCAUAACUGUUCUACUUUAAAUUGUUGAUGUAAAUAUAUUUUUAUUGUCCGAACUCUACGGACAUCUUCCUUUUUUAAUGAAGUAAGAAACUAGUAUAAUUUUAGUUGAACAUUGUACGAGCUUAAACUGCACCAAUGUUUUUUUUAUUAUAUCUUUAAUCCUACUUUUUCUACUAACUUUUAAUAAAUUGACAAAAUUAUUGAUCCACAUACAAUUCUUUUUGACUUUAAAUAAAAUAGUAGAAAAAAAUGUAGCAUUAUAAUUAUUAAAAUAACACAAGUAUAGACUUAAAACAAAAUCGGCCAAGGCCGAUUUGUGUUAUUUUCGAUUUUUGUUUUGUUUAGCAAACCUCAGCAAUCGUUGUUUAAAUAAUAAUCGAUCGCUUGAGCAAAUAUGUAGUUAUAAUCGAAAAUACCACAAAUCGGUCUGGGUAUAUUGCCAUAAACAUAGCUGUCAUCUGUCACAUUAAUUAUAAACUAUCUAAAUAGCGAAAGCAUAAAUUCAUAUAACUUUAACAACCAAUCUGUGUGUCUAAAGUAAAGACUACCUAUAUUACAUUUUUCGUAAAUAUCCGAAAAGACCAAAAUUUCUCCGCUUGUAUCUAUGCAACUUUUAUACUGCAUAUAUGUAUACGUUGUGGUCGAAGUGGCAAAGACAGUUCAAAUAUGAACUCUAUGCACAGUGGGACAUAUUUGACCCAUUGAAAAAAAAUCCUACUAAGCUUCAGACCAAAAAUUAACUCUAGGCAUAGGCUGUCUUUGUCGCAUCAAAUAAUAAUUUUAUUGACACAGAAGGUGCAGGAAUAAUUUUAUUUUCGCUUAUCGCGCUUUAAAUAACCUGACUGAAUUUUAGUAGUUAAUAUUUUGCUAAUCAAUGACAUGAGAAGAAACAAGCCAUAUAGGUUUUAAUAUAACAUAAUUAUAUUUAGUUAUAAAAUAAAUCAUAACUAGAGCUUUUUGGAUAACAUAAAUUACUUAACUGUUUAAAUUGAUUAAUUCCCGAUCAAAUCGGAGUGUCUUUUCUACACACAAUCUUUUAAAUUUGAAUGUUGCUCAAUUUUUAUUCUGAAAAUUGUACCAACUUUGGUACGUCAUUGAAAUUUACUGUUUUAAUUAAACCUAUUUGCUUCUUUAUUCUUAUGUCAUUGUUGCUAUUUAAUUUUCUUUAUAAUAAUUAAUCCAAUCCAUUGUAAUCAUACCCCCGUAAUUUAAUAUUACCAUUGUAAUAAUAUUAAGUAGUUUAUCAGGACCGUAAGGUAUUUAUGAAUAAAUACAUAUCCACCAGUGCGCUAGUCAAAUUAUAUACUUGGACAUAAAAUGUAUAGCAAAUGUGUGUGUAAUAACACUUCGGGCAUAUUUGUGUUUACACGAAUUUAUCCGACGUACAAUCUUAAAAACCUUGCACAAAUAUCUCUAGUACUAGUGACCCAUUAGAAAUUUAGCUGUCUCAAGAUAAAAAGAGACAACGAUUUAAAACAUCAUCAAAAAUUACAAUCGUGCUAAUAUGCAGUAGGGUAACUGUAUACUUGGUCCAAUUCUACUACAUUAGGAGCACUGAAUACCAAAGUAAGACCAGUUGGAGUUUUACCAAAGUAUAAAGUGAUUUUAGUUUAGUAGUUUUUAAAAAUUAUAGUCGUCCUGUUUUCAAUGUUACCUAAAUGCAUCUAAUACAUGAUAUAUUAUUACACACAUAGCUUUAUAUUCUUGUCCAAAGUUGUAAUAAUAGUAUCUUAUAAUCUUAGGCUGUGUAUACACUAUCGCUUAGUGAAAUUGAGUAUAAACCAUGAUAAAAUAUUAGCGAGAACAGAAUAAAUAAUGUGUAUACAGUACAAGUCACAAAUACCAAAAAUUUCAUUAUUUUUCUGCAUUAAUUUCACAAUCACAUGACAUUUAUUCGCAUUAUUUAUGUACAAAAUCACGAUGAACGCAAGAAAUGUAAAUUAUGUGCUUUAUUUAAAUUAUAAAGGAAAAUGGAAAUCAUGUGGAACAUUUACAUUAUGAACUAACACGAAAAUGCCUUUAUUAUUCUUGAGCGAAUGAGAUAAAUGUCAGUCCAAAUAAAAGGGUAAAGUACCUAUAUCAUUCUGUGGGUCAUAUUUGACCCACAAUGCAGAGAAAGUGUUAAAGAUAUUUGGGACAAGUUCGCAACAUUGUAAAUUUAAUAAAGGCCCUUAAUUAAUUCCUCGUUUAUAUUAACGGGUUUGUCCCUAGUAUCUACAUGUCUAGUGUCGGACCAAGCUAAAUCUGCACAAAUUUUUCAGUGACUAUUCUAGUGUCGCCAUAAAAUUUAUGUUUAAAAUUGACAUUUAAUGUCAAAUUACUAUGAAAAUAUGGCACGUUGUCAAGUUAAAGUUUUUUCUAUCGUUCCAUUUUGUUAAUGCCAUACAAAAAAGGUAACAGAAUGGAAAUAAAAAACUUGGUACACUUUUUUUAUCCUAACACGACCGAAAGAACUUGUGAUUCCGAUUACAUAAAAAUUCCAAAAAUAAAAAAGUGUACCUAUUGUACAACUUUUAAUAAACUGGCCUAAUCCAAGAAAAGUCUGCAGCGAUUUUGAUAGCCCACGCGGUGCAAGUGUAAUUUAUACGUCAUAAUUUCAUAGAAGUUUGACGUUUGAAAUUAAACUUGCACUGCGUGGGCUAUCAAAAUCGCUGCAGACUUCUCUUGGUCUAACUCUACCUAUAUGUUGCCCUUAUAUUUGGACAUUGUUUUCGGUUUGUAAUGUAUAAUGAUUAUCAUAUCAAGUCACAUCAAGCGAAUACCUCAUUAUACAAACCUGUGGGUCUACUAACGUUAAACCUGUGGGUCUACUAACGUUUCUUGUUCAAUUUGGAAGCUACGAUGGGUUUGGAAUGCGGAAGAACAUUUGAUACUGUUUUUGGAGUACCCGAUUGUUUCCAUCUCUGUCGUACGCGCAUAUUAUUGUCCCGCUCAUACAAUGGUAUUGACAGCAAUAUAACUAUGCGCUUGCGAUUGAGAUAGAUAUAGGUCAAUGUACGAAAUUCUCCGUGCUUAAGCGUACUUACUUUAGUGGUGUUUGAAAAGUAGUGAAUCCAUGAAAUCAAAAGAUACAGCUUGGCAAAAAAGAGUAUUAUAUUAAAAAGUGGCAACACUGUAGUGUCGUCCCGUUUUAUUAUAUUUAUUGGUUUGAAAGGGACGACGCUACAGUGUUGCCACUUUUUAAUUUCUAAUCUUUUUUGCGAAGCUGUAUCUUCGAAUGGUCGUAAAUAAAGCGUCCGUUUUAUUGCGGCGCUUGUCAUGCGUUAAAUUAAAUUAAGAUAAAACACACGAUAUAAAACGAAACUUUAAAAUUAAAAAAUAGUUUCAAAUGUUCAAAAGAGUACUGACAACAUAAUGGUUUGAAUUAUUCUUUUGUUUUAUGUAUUAAGUUUUUGAUUAUGUUGAAUUUUUCGGUGGAUCUGUAUUUUUUACCAGUUAAUGAAACUAGCUCACGGAUCCAUGAAAAAAAAACACUUAUUUGUUUUCUAUACAGUGAAAAAGUUUUUAGGUUAUUUUUUUGCGUAGAUCCGUGGAGCAUGAAGGAUUGUUUAGUUGGUAACUGUUCGAAUAUUUGGCUACGAUUGGAUUGUUGCUGAGGCUGGCCGGUUUUACGCUUUAGUAAGGAUAUGUUGCAAAUAUAUUAUAAUUCAGUAAAAUUA